GUGAGGGCGCUGUUUCAGGAGUCUCCGUUCCUGUCCGGAGACGACAGCGUGUCCAUCAUGGACGGCAACGAUGAAGGGAUUUCUGCCUGGAUCACCGUCAACUUCCUCACUGGUGAUCUUCACAGUGCUGACUCGCCCACGGUGGGGAUGCUGGAUUUGGGGGGCGGGUCUACUCAGAUCACCUUCAGCCCUCAGGACGAGAAGACCAUCCAGACCUCACCCAUCGACUACAUCAGGUCCUUCCGGAUGUUCAACGUCACACACACUGUGUACACCCACAGCUAUCUGGGACUGGGUCUGAUGUCGGCUCGACUCGCCGUCUUAGGAGGCGUCGACGCUUCGCCCUUGGGGGGCAGCACUGAGCUGGUCAGCCCCUGCCUCGCUCCGGAGUACUCGGGCAGGUGGGAGCACGUCGACGUCGUCUACACUGUGAAGGGACAGAAGGCAGGGGAGCCGGUUUACGAGGCGUGUCUGAACAAAGUGGAGAAGGUUCUGUACAGGAAGGUGGUGAGAGCGUCCGAAGCGGCAGACGUGGAGUUCUACGCCUUCUCCUACUACUACGACCGGGCCGUCGACCUCGGCGCCAUCGAGGAGAAGGACGGAGGAACCAUCCGGGUGUCCGAUUACACUGAGGCAGCAAAGAGAGUCUGCAGCGGCCUCUCCGUCAGUCCUCCACAGAGUCCCUUCCUCUGUCUGGACCUGGUCUACAUCUCAGUCCUGCUGCAGGAGCUCGGAUUCCCCCCCCACAAACAGCUGAAGCUGGCGAGGACGAUCCACCAGGUGGAAACCAGCUGGGCUCUGGGGGCAACCUUUCAUUACAUCGAGUCCCUCAAGAGACACUGAAGCUUUUAUUGUGAAAAACCAGAGAUCCUGGACCUCCUGAAGACCUCAUGCGGCCCCCAAAGCCUCCCUGUGACAGACCGGAAACCCUCCAUAAACACUAAGCAGACUCUGCAUUAAACCAGUUUAGCAGAAAUGAAAACGUUUUCACCUCCUUUAAUCUUUGAGUGUUCGGUUAUAUGUUGAACCUGUUGUUGGAUUUUAUUAUUCUAUGUUGUGUCAGCGUGUGUUUGUUUGAGUCCUUUAUAUUGACAGUAAAUCUGGAUUCAGACAUGUUUUAACUUUUAUUGACCCGAGGUCAGGGGCGACACUCCAGUCUGCUCCCCCGUCCCAGUGAAACCAGUAAACCAGGACGGGGUUCACGUCUCCGACCUCACCACGUUAGACUUGACCUGUUUGUACGACAGCGCUCUGAUUGUUUUCUGCUCUGAAGGAUCUCCUGUUGAGUUUGGGUCGAUUCAAACGUCUCAACUUUAAUAAUAAUAAAAUCUAUAGAAGCUGUAAAACGUUUUCAGGCAAACUGUAAAAAGGUUGUGAUAACAGAAUGUAUUUUUGUCUGAUUAUUUUACACCUGCUACCUAAAACUAUCUUUCUUGUGCAUUUUAACUUUGUUCAAGAAAAUAAACUAUUUUGAUUAUUUACAGUC